AUCAUACUGCUGGAUGAUGGCCAUGGACUACGCUUACUAUCCGGCAUCUUGGACGAGAAUCUUUAUUUUCCUGUGUUGAGCUUCUCGAGGCACAAGUUGACAACAGAGCUCAAGGUUUUCAAGGAAAGUGAAUACUGAUGAGGUCCAAAGUUCGUACACACCCAAGAAUUAAUCGAAAGUUAAUCACGCUGUCUUGGUUUUCCUAUGAAAGAAUUCAACUCACUUCCAUCAAACAUGGCCGCCGGCAAUCUCUAUGGGAGAAGGUUGACAUAAGUAAGAUUCGAGGAAUGGAGGUGAGUGUGGAGAGUUUAGGAGAUAAAAGAUGAAUCAAUCGAGGGGGAAAACGCGCUAUAAACCUCCAGUAGAUACCUACACAGAAGCUCUUUACUCUGACGAAAUCCAAAUGAGCCAAGAGAGGUCAUCUGCUUCGAAGAAGGGGAUUUUACUUCAAGAUAUUGACGAAGGGAAACCUUGCCUGAGAUGUGGUUCCAAGUGUCCUGGAUUUAGUCUACACAUCUGGAAAAAAAAUUGCACUUAUUGUAAAUGUCCACGUGAAAAUCAUGACAUCGAAACAAACGUCGAUAUUAGCUCAGGCGUCAAUGGGAUUCAGUUCAAGAUCGGUGGACUCAAGCUAGAUGACAAUAAUGGGUUCGGCUCUGAUGAAUACUUGCCUCCCCCACCCCCUCCCCUGACGAUCUAUCAAGACGAAGGGGAUGAUUUCCCGGAUGUACCGGCAAUUGAAAAUGAUGCCCAGUCGAGUUUUCCUGCCCCGCCCAUCAUUACUAAUGGCAAUAAAUCGACCAAAACCUAUUUGUGGGCUCCGCCUGGAUUAAACUCUAGCCAGGUCGAAGAGUACUUCAAAGAGAUCCCUUCAGAAAAAGUCCCAAUUCCAGGAACUCCAGGAAUGAAGUACUAUGAUGAGCAAUGUACCUUUCAAAACCCACCCCAAGACAGGGCAAAGAUGGCCAACGUGUCUCCAGAAAAACGAGAUGGUAUCGCGCAGUUCUGGAAAAAAGAGGAGCAGACUAAGGGUUAUGGAGUCGUCAAGCUUCCCUUUGGAAGUAAACAGCGCUGUUUCCGCUGUAGCAGACCAAUCCUACGCAGCGAGCCAGCAGUUAUAGCCGAGGAUAUCGGCAAAGAAGCAGUCUAUCACCCAGCAUGCUUUUCGUGUGAGACAUGUGACGAGUUGCUGGUGAAUCUGAUUUACUAUCGAAGCGAUGAUGAAGUAUACUGCGCCCGCCAUCAUGCUGAGCUUACGAAGCAGCGGUGUGGAGGAUGCGACGAGUUGAUAUUCUCAGGUGAAUAUACGGUGGCCAUGAACAGGAGCUGGCAUUUGGGUCACUUUAGAUGCCAGCGUUGUGAUUCCAGUAUAACAGGGAAGCAGUUUAUCGUAUUGAAGGACAAACCAGUAUGUAACGACUGCUUCAAGGAUUCCUAUGCGCAUGAGUGUCACGCAUGUGGGCAGAAGAUUGGUCCAGAAAGCCGUGAUAUCUCCUCUGAUGACAAAAGGCACUGGCACGACUAUUGCUUCAAGUGUGAUCUCUGCCACCGGCCCCUCCAGUCAGACGGUAAGUUCACCUUCUACAAGGACAAGACGCUUUGUACAACAUGCUACGCAACGAACUACCAAAAGGCUUGCAAAGCUUGCAACAAGCCAAUCGACUCAGGCGGAUCGCGGCUCGAAUACAACGGCAACUACUUUCACGAGCACUGCUUCGUCUGUAAAAUUUGCUCCAAGGAAAUUGGAACCAGUGGCUUCGUGCCAAAAGAUGAUGAAUUCUACUGCCCCUCGUGUUUUCAGAACGAAUUUUCCAAGCGUUGCGCUGGCUGUGGAGAGCCGUUACUAGAAGGAGGCGUGCUGUACGGCGGUCAAACCUGGCACAAAACCUGUUUUACAUGUCACUAUUGCCACCGCUCCCUCGCUGCCAAUGCGUUCUCUGUACGCGAUGGAUUUCGGUACUGUAUGGAAUGCUAUGGUACUUUUUAUGCCAAGCAGUGUGAAAUUUGUAUGAAGCCUAUUGUCGGGGGUGAAUAUUACACCUUAGACGAGUCGAACUUCCACAAGGACUGUUUCAUGUGUAGUCGAUGCUCGCGGUCUCUCGCAAGUGAAGGAUUCGUCCGUGAGGGAAUGGAGCUACUCUGCGCCAACUGCGCCGAUUAACGUCACGUUGCCAUAGGAAUGAACUUUACCAUAGUAACUAAAUAAAUAAAAAUAGCGUUACGAAGCAACUAGUGGAAAGUACGUACCGACGCUUUGGAUUUAAUGUUGUCUUGGUAAAGAAAUGAAAUGGACUUUACGGUAACUUAGCAACCAAACAGAAAAUUUUAAUGAACGUUACCACAGCGGCAAAAUAGAAUAACAGCGUUACUAAGCAACUAGUCAGGAAGAUGCGUUCCGAGGCUUUGGGUUCAAUGCUGUCUUUGUACCCAAAGUAAAAAUUGACGUUACGAUAACUUAGCAACGUUACGGUAACUUAGCAACGUUACGGUAACUUAGCAACCAAACAAGUGCUUUUAGUCUAACCAUCAAGUUCUUCAACUUGGACUGAUGGUGCUUGAGUUCAUUAUCGAGCGUUGUCAUUAUUUUGAUAGUUAACAAACUUCGAACAACUUCACAAAGCUUGAGAAAUAAGAACAAAGAGUGGCCUAUGAACGAUGUAAUGCUUAGCUGACAUAACAACGAAAGGUUUUGAUGCUACUAAAGGCGGAACAACAUCAAACGUUUACGAAACGUUUUGAGAACAGCAAUGUCGAAGAAAGACUAAGAGAAGCAAAAGAAGGUUGAACUUUGAAUGGUAAAAAGACACCACCAAAUUAAUGCACAAGUUCCGAAGAUUAAGAUUAACAAUGGGUGAUAUAUUUGAAAUGUCUAGCAGACCCGACAAGAUAAGAAACUGAGGAUCAUAAAUGGCCAAGAAGGAGUGCCUAAAGCAACGUGAUACUAGAUUGGACAGUUAUCAUUAAAUAAACCAACGUUAAGAUAUAUCUAUGUGGAAUAGCAACGUGCUAAAUUAAUAUAGAGCAAGAGUAAAAAAUACAGCUACACUAUGCGCCCUAAAGCCGUGUACUUCCAUCCACCCUGUUCAACUACUUCAUCAACUUUCCCCGGCAUCUACGGUCAAGAACUAUAAAGAUAUACCUUCGUUGGAAUAGAAAAGCUUGUAAAGCUCUUUUUAAUAUAUCUAUAUAUAGAACAGACAGACAGCAACAAAGAUUUGAAAUCUCGAAUAUAGUUUGCGAUAAGUGGACUGCACUGUCACGAGAUGACGUGGGCUUUCUGUGGAAAACAGGACUUGAGAAAAACGACAGUAAAGACCACCUAUCAUGUGCGUAUUCGCGUGAAAUGUUUUAAGAAGUAAGAGGGCAACGCAGGGUAUUGAACCUUAUUCUCCCCCCAUUUCUCCUCCGAUGUUUGACACAGGAAGCCCAUUAGAUAAAUUAUUUUCAUUAAAAUAGCCUAACUUUGUAUGGUCGCUUUUCUUGCCCCCUCCCUUUCCCGAUAAUAAGUUAUAGUCAUUUCUCAGUGGCGAUUCCAGGAUUUUAUUAAAAAAGGGGGGUUCCAAAAUGGCCGCCACGCAGGAAAAGCUGGUACGGCUGGCUUCGCGAAAGGGGGGUUCAAUUUCAUUGUACUGAGCGCAAAGAACAUGAUCUGCUUCACAAGAUCUAACAAAAGGGGGUGGGGGUGCCAUGUAACCCACGGAACCACCCCUGGAUCCGCCACUGAUUCUCCCCCACCCCCUUACCCGGAGAAGCAUUAGAAUGACGGCUAUUAUUGAUGUACCAUUAGUAUAUUAUAAUAAUGAAUAAUAAGAUAUAAAAUUAUAGAUUAC